GGCACUUAGGUUGAUUCCACAUCUUUGCAAUUGUGAAUUGUGUUGUGAUAAACAUUCAAGUGCAGGGGAGUGGGUCUGAGUCCCUGGCACAACGUAGGGGAGGCUAGUGGUGGCCGCUGGGGUGGUUUAUCCCCGUGCCUAGCGCAGGCAGCCUAGACGCAAGGGUGGCGGUGCCAAUCCCAUUUUUCCUGAAAUCUUUGGCACUGCGGAGGGGCCUGCGCUUGCCAAGGCUGAGGGGCAGGGUGAAUACGGCUCCCCUGGGCCAAUGGCUGCUACUGUUACGUUAGGGUAAGGAAGGAAGAGUGAGCAGGGGAGUAACAUAAGAAGAGGAAGACAAAGGAGAAAGUGCAUAUGGCCAGAAAGUGCCUGAAGUUGCAGCUUCAGGCACCAUACAGUAUAGAAUUUAAACCUUCUCUCAGAAGUGCAUGGUAGAACUCAAGAAGAUGAGAGACAGACAAUCCAGGGUAAUCUAGAAUUGUGAUUGGCUCACUAAUAAUACCAGGACAAAGUUAAGAGAUCACAACUCAAGCAUAAGUUUUCCUAAGACUGCUACAAAGAUGUUUGACAUUAAGGCUUGGGCUGAGUAUGUUGUGGAAUGGGCUGCAAAGGACCCUUAUGGCUUCCUUACAACAGUUAUUUUGGCCCUAAUUCCACUGUUCCUAGCAAGUGCUGUACUGUCUUGGAAGUUGGCCAACAUAAUUGAGGCCAGGGAGAAGGAGCAAAAGAAGAAACAAAAACGUCAAGAAAAUAUUGCAAAAGCUAACCAACGACUAUAACAGGAUUGAAGGAAUAAACAGGCUCUCUAACCAGAGGAAAAUCAUUUGGAAAAUUAUGCAGCUUUGGAAGGAAUUACUAAGGUUUCUUUUUUGUAUUUCUUGACAGUAUUAUUUAGUAAAGGAAAUUUGAACAAAUGGAAGAAUCAUGCUAAUUCUGACCUCAAUACUGUAGUUACU